UGGGCUUUCCAAGCCGGUUCUUCGCGGGGGCGCGCGCGUCCAUGCGCGUCCGCGGCUCGCUCCCGGGGGCCAGUUGGCGGCGGGAGCGGGCGCCUGGGUCGUGGUUCUUAGAGCAGCCCGGGUGUUAGGCCGACGCCUCUGCUGGCGGAGACCCUCACGAAGGACCGCGUGGCUCAGCCGCGGGAGAGGCAGGGCCCGCUGCCGUCGGACAGAGCCUCAGGGCUCCCACAUUCUGGCCUGGGAGGAAGAAGAGGAAGAGAGAUCCAUCUGCCAGAGGGCUGAAGGUGGCCCGAGGGCCAGGUUCUCACUCCCAGGAUGCCCCUGCCCGAGCCCAGUGAGCAGGAGGGUGAGAGCGUGAAAGCUGGCCAAGAGCCGUCUGUUGGAGCCAGGAAGCCUCAAGAGUCCUCCAGUCUGGUUCUGGCCAGGGGUAAAGGAGGACCCAAGCCGAGAGGUGGCAAGUCCCGGAAGAAGUCCGGCAGUGGCAAGUCCCGGAAGAAGUCUGGCAGUGGCAGGUCCCUGAAGAAGCCCAGCAGUGGCAAAUCCCUGGAGAAGUCCGGCAGUGGCAAAUCCCUGGAGAAUUCCGGCAGUGGCAAGUCCCUGGAGAAUUCCGGCAGUGUCACAUCCCUGGAGAAGUCCGGCAGUGGCACGUCCCUGGAGAAGUCCGGCAGUGGCACGUCCCUGGAGAAGUCCGGCAGUGGCACGUCCCUGGAGAAGUCCGGCAGUGGCACGUCCCUGGAGAAGCCCGGCAGUGGCACGUCCCUGGAGAAUUCCGGCAGUGGCACGUCCCUGGAGAAGUCCGGCAGUGGCACGUCCCUGGAGAAGCCUGGCCCUGCCGCUCUACCCAGCAAUACUGUUCAGACCUCGACGGCCAAGAAGCAGGGACGGAUAAUUCACCGGAAACGUAGUAGAGUAGAUGCAGCUGACCCCCAGCCCCUGCAGUUCCUGAAGACCCCAUAUGGCGGUCGCCUUCUAGUGCACAAGUCAUUCCUGUACAAGCAAGAGAAGGCUGUGGGAGACAAGGUGUACUGGAAAUGCCGCCUGCACUCAGACCGAGGCUGCCGGGGACGGGCCAUCACCCGUGGCUUUCGAGUCACAGUGAUGCGGGACCACUGUCACCCACCUGAUAAGGGGAGCCUGGGGGGACGGCGCCGGAAGGAGAAGGUGCCCGCCUCAGACCUGCCUGAGGGCACUAAAGGCCAAGAGGAUGGUGUGAGCCUAUGGCUAUACCCUGAGGAGCCAGAGCCCACACCUCAGCAAAGCACUGAGCCCCCAGAGGAGGACCAGGGGUACCGAUCGCUGGCACUGCAGAGCCUACCUCCCAAGAAACGCCCCACACCAGGAGUGGUACGGUAUCAGCCCCUUGAGUUCCUGAAGACGUGCUAUGGGGGCACCUUCCUGGUCCACCAGUCCUUCCUCUACAAGCGGGAGAAGACCGUGGGGAGCAAGGUGUACUGGACCUGUCGGGAGCAUGCCGUCCAUGGCUGCCGCAGCCGGGCCAUCACGCAGGGCCAGCGGGUGACGGUCAUGCGCAGCCACUGCCACUCGCCUGACAUGGAGGGCCUACGGGCCCGGCGACAGCAGGAGAAGACCAUAAAGAAGAUCCAGGCGCGGCGGAUUGGUGCUGGGGACUUGGAGGACUGUGACGACAUUGAGGACUCGCUGCUCCAAGGGGUGGACAGCCUGUUCUACCGCAGGGGACAGGGCACACUGACUCUCAGUAGGUCCAGGUCCAGAAAACAAGCAAUGGAGCAACAGGAGUCCUUGCAGGAAUCCCCCGAGGAGGAGGACCAGGAUGUGGACCCCAGAGGCCCAGAGUUCCUGAGGACCCCCCUGGGGGGCAGCUUCCUGGUGUACGAGUCCUUCCUCUACAGGCGGGAGAAAGCAGCUGGUGAGAAGGUGUACUGGACCUGCCGCGACCAGGCACGCAUGGGCUGCCGCAGCCGAGCCAUCACUCAGGGCAGGCAGGUCACCGUGAUGCGAGGCCACUGCCAUCCACCUGACCUGUUAGGCCUGGAGACCCUGAGGCAGCGGGAGAAACGCCCCGGCCACGCUCAAUGGGACGGCCCAGAAGGCCCAGAGUUCCUGAAGACCCCCCUGGGGGGCAGCUUCCUGGUGUACGAGUCCUUCCUCUACAGGCGGGAGAAAGCGACUGGUGAUAAGGUGUACUGGACCUGCCGGGACCAGGCGCGCAUGGGCUGCCGCAGCCGAGCCAUCACUCAGGGUCAGCGCGUGAUGGUCAUGCGCAGGCAUUGCCACCCACCCGACAUGGGUGGCCUGGAAGCCCUGCGCCAGCGGGAGAACUUCCCUAACCUGACCCACUGGGAGGGUCCAGAGCCCGUGCAGCCACUGGAGUUCCUGCGGACAUCCCUUGGAGGCCGCUUCCUGGUGUAUGAGUCCUUCCUGUACAGGAAGGAGAAGGCUGCUGGUGAGAAGGUAUACUGGAUGUGCCGGGACCAGGCUCGGCUGGGCUGCCGCAGCCGCGCCAUCACCCAGGGCCGGCGAGUCAUGGUGAUGCGAAGCCACUGCCAUCCGCCUGACCUGGCUGGGCUGGAGGCCCUGCGGCAGCGGGAGAAGGGCCCCAGUGCAGCCAAGAAGAAGAAGAAGAAGAAGAAGAAGGGAAAAUCAAAGAGCUAAAACGAACCGAAGUCCUAACGAGGUGAGUCUUCUCUGAGGCAGCAGAGGAGCAGCUGACACCCCACGUGCUUCCCGCCCACGCAGGCAUUUCCCAGCCACUCAGACGCGCUUGACAACUCCUUUCACUCUUCCAAAGCAUCAACACGACUUCACACUUCCUCAGGAGGUCUCCCAGGAGGAGUGCUUGGACCUUGGGGUGGUAUCUUCUGUUGGCAGAGUAGUGCCAAGACCUGUGCCAUGCUGCUGUCACCUCUGUGACCUUAGAGAGCUGUGGAGAAGUAUGUCUGGACUGAUAUACCUCAACCCCACCCUGCUGUCCAGGCCCUAGCACCAUCUGCUCUGAGAGCAUGCAGCCCUGCAAGGAGCUUUCCAGCGGAGUGUGGCCCUUGAUGAGCUCCAAGAAGUUCAGCAAAAUGCGGUCGUCCUGAGCCAGGACACGUACGGGAACUUCUCGCCACCCUCUGAAGACGGUGCAAGUCACAGCCAGGGGUACUUUUGGUUUUUUGUUUCAGUUUCAUCUUUAGGGCUGUGCUGGGGCCUCCCUGGUCUUUAGUCACUUGCUGCUUGCUAGAGCACAGCCAGCCCCAACCAUGACAGAGCAGGGCCAGACGCAAGGCUUUACUGUACCUUCUGUCGGAUUUCGCAUCUCACAUCCUUUCCCAACUUAAAUUAAACCUAUGUCCACAGUUCUUGAAGCAGCUGACAUUUCUAGCAGGGGGAGCCAGCCCAGAUGUCAGGAGGUGACAUCAGGUAGGGGUGCUCUGGUGGCAGCUGUACCACUGGGGAUUGCCCGCUUGGUGUCACAUGAUGCACAGGAAAGUUAGGGGCAUCAAAGCACGCCUCCUGUAGAAGAGUCUGGCAGGACUAAGUGAGCUAGAAGUGGUACUCUGUCAUCCCUGGGAACUGCAGACUUCCUGCAUGCCACACCCUGCCCUAGAGCCGCAUGCUCCUCUCCCUUAGCAAGCCGCGGAGCAGCCACCCCUGUGGGAUAGUGAUGGCCUGGUCCCUGCCACUGGCUUCUGCUCAUCUGCUUCCCUCAAUAAACCCGAUGUAGCCUCCUGGUGCCGA